UUGCCUGCUUCCUGUUGUGUCUUAAGCAACACCAGGAUCUGUUUUUUCAGUUCUGUAGGUAAAUCUCUGCUUCAUUUGCCAAAAUUUAAAUAGUUUCUGGCGAUGCGGCGACAGGAAGCUGAGAGUUGGUUUAAGUGUGUCUGCUAGUCAAAUGAUUGUUCUUAUACAUGGAAAUCAAAGAAGUGAGAUGUUCAGCUGGAUGUUGGAGGCUCAUCAGACAGCAACGGGUGUUUCUGACUGAACACGUCGCAGACAAACAAGAAACGGCAAAAAACCCAUCAGGACAGAAUUCUUAAGAUGAAGACGAUGAAGAGUUCAGGACCCUUCCUCCUCCUCCUCCUUCUGCUCAGCCUGAGCAGUACUGCGUCUGUACUGGGAUCAGUGGUGCAGAGAGAUUACUCGUACAUCUCAAACCAUUACACCUGGCAGGACGCUCAAAGCUACUGCAGGAACUCAACUUCCUACACUGAUUUGGCCACCAUCUUCAUGCAGUCAGAUGCAGACAGCAUAAAUGUGGGGCCUUAUCAUGCAUGGAUCAGCCUGCACAAACUCAAUAACACCUUCUGGAUUUGGUCUAAUAAAUAUGGAAUGAAUGUCAACUUUGGACAAAAUCAGUACCGCUGGGGGGUGAACGAGCCAUGCAACGAAAAUUGUGCUAUCGUCUAUUACCCCAACCAAAAGUUUUACGCCAGAAGUUGUGAUGGAUACUACUUUUUCUUUUGCAUCGAGUACACAAGCUUUACCACAUACAAAUACACAUUUAUACCACAGUCAAAGUCAUGGUCUGAUGCCCAGCAGUAUUGCCAGAGUAAGCGAUACCGAGAUCUGGCAACUUUCAUAUACAAUACCGACCUAUACUCAACUGUCCAUGAGCAGGACUUUCCAGUCUGGACUGGACUGCACAAAGAAGGGGGAACAUGGAGGUGGAGCACAGGGCUGUCGCAGUACAGAAAUUGGGCACAGAGUGAACCAGGGAACGGCGACUGUGUUUCCAUCUCCUCGACGAGCAAACAGAUGGCUACCCAAAACUGCUCUGCUCGAUUUCCCUUCGUCUGCUUCGCGGACAACCUGGUCCUGGUAAAGGAGAACAAGACGUGGGAGGAGGCGCUGGAGCACUGCCGAGCCCUCAGUUCAACCUCCCAACCCAACGUUCGCUACGAGCUGGUCAGCGUGCAGCCUGGAGAAGACCAAGACUACGUGAUGAACAGGGUCAUGGAGGCCGACACUGACGAGGUGUGGGCAGGCCUCCGUUUCCUGGCCGGUGAAUGGCUGUGGGUGAACGGGGCAAGUAUGUUGUACUCUGACCUGCCCCUCUGCCCCACUGUGGUGCAGCACUGUGGAGCCUUGUCCAAGAACAACACAGGGAGCGUGGAGACCAAAGACUGUUCUGAGAAAAGGAACUUCCUGUGUUAUAGCACAUACUGACAUCACCCCUAUCAUCUGCAUCAGGGUGGUCACGAGCAGAAGUUUAUUUCAUUAGAUGGCUGUAGAUAUAUACAACUGUGUAUGUUUUUAACACAUUAAGGGAAGAUGUGUCAUACUAAGGAAUAAAUUUGCAAACAUUUGAUCACACUU